AGAAACGAAAUUUUGUGAUAAAGCUCACAGCGCACAAAACCUAUUGGGAAGGGCACACUUUAGACAGCGGAGAGCAGCAAAUAUAAACUGAUCCGUAGUCCCGUGCAGCUGUGAUCGCUACUUCUCCAACAGGUUGGCGACACCACUGAACAGCGAAACAUGAGACAAGACACCUGUUAAGUAGACGCUCAUCAAGCCCUAGCGCAUUUAGCAUUAGUAUAUAGCACGUGAUGAUGACGCCGUGCGUCACUUGCGCGUGACGUCAGCGGAGGACGGCCAGCCUUUAGGAAGUAGUAGGAACCAAAGUGUUAUGAGGUGAAAGUGUUCGUGGCUAGGCGGGUUAAAGAGCCCAUGGAGGGCAGGAGCGUUUGGGUUUGGCGAUUAGGGCUGUCUCUAGUCACCCUGCUGCUAAUGAGAGGGGCCGCGGCCGGGCUGCUGGAGCAGGAGGCACCUGGGAGUGAUGUGGCGGGUUACCCCUGGGAGGAACAGGACGAGGAGAGCGCUGCGGGGAGCAGUCUGAGCUCUUUAUCCUCCGCUUUCCCUGCUGGGGAGGUGACUGUGGAGGAUGUGGAGUCCGGGGCCGAACAGGAGCACUCGGAAGGAGGGAAGGACGAGCUGAGACCCAGCAGGUCUUUGGUUAUUAUCAGCACUUUAGAUGGAAGAAUUGCAGCACUGGAUGCAGAGAAUCACGGCAGAAAGCAGUGGGACUUGGAUAUUGGCUCUGGGUCCCUUGUGUCGUCCAGUCUUAGUAAGCCCGAGGUUUUUGGCAAUAAAAUGAUAAUUCCCUCCCUGGAUGGUGACCUCUUUCAGUGGGAUCGAGAUAGAGAAAGCAUGGAAGCUGUCCCAUUUACUGUAGAGUCUCUGCUGGAGUCUUCAUACAAGUUUGGAGAUGAUGUUGUAUUAGUAGGAGGGAAAUCUCUAACCACAUAUGGUCUCAGUGCAACCACUGGCAAGGUAAAAUAUAUCUGCUCUGCCAUGGGCUGUCGGAGGUGGAAUGAAGACGAAUCUGAGCAGGAUGAUAUAUUGCUGUUGCACAGAAAGCAGAAAACUGUGCGGGCGGUGGGUCCCCGCAGUGGGAAUGAAAAGUGGAAUUUCAGCGUUGGACACUUUGAAUUGAGAUAUAUCCCAGAUAUUGAGCCUGGAGUUGGGUUUAUUGAAGGGCAGCUUGAGCCGAGCUAUAGCACAGACGAGUCUCGGAUUAUUUCUGAUGGAGAUGACCAAGAAGUUGGAACCACAGAUUUGGCCAUCAAGGUUUCUGUAGCUGACUGGAAGGUUAUGGCUUUCAACAGAAAGCUGGGCCAUUUAGAGUGGGAACAUCAGUUCUGCACUCCAAUCGCUUCAGCCUGGCUCGUUCGAAAUGGAAAAGUUGUUCCUAUUAGCCUUUUCGAUGAUACAAGCUAUAUGUCAGAUGAUGAAAUCCCUGAGGAUGAAGAAGAUCUUGUAGAGGCAGCAAGAGGGGCCACGGAGUCCAGUUUCUACUUAGGAAUGUUCCGUGGACAGCUUUACCUUCAGUCGUCCGUUAGACUCUCUGAAAAGUUUCCUGUAAAUCCAACUGCACUGGAUACAAGGAACAAGGACAAUGCUAUUGUAUCUUUACCCAGGAUUAAGUGGAAACCUUUAAUUCACUCUCCCUCCCGUACCCCUGUGCUGGUUGGCUCAGAUGAGUUUGACAAAUGCCUGAGCAAUGAUAAGUUCUCUCAUGAAGAAUACAGUAAUGGGGCACUUUCCGUUCUGCAAUAUCCAUAUGCAAAACUUGAAGGAAUCCCACGACUCCUACAGCAAGGAGCUCCAAGACAGAUAGUAGUGCCUGUGAUCUCAGCUGGGCAUUCAGUCCAUACUCCAGCACUAACGACUGAUAACGGCUAUUAUUUGCCAUACUACAAGAGGGAGCGCAACAAGCGAGGCACUCAGAUCACUGUCGGAAUCUUGGAGAAUCCAAACUACAAGAACAUUCGGAAGAAGGAUCCAGUGCUUCUCCUGCACUGGUGGAAGGAGAUUGUGGGCACGAUCCUGUUUUGUAUCACUGCCACCACCUAUGUUGUGCGCAAGCUGUUCCAACCAAAUCUAAGCAAUGCCAGAAAGAGAAAAGAGUCUGAGACACAGUGUCAAACUGAUAGUAAAUACGAUGCAGUAAAUGGAGAUCUGAAAGACAACUUGAGUGACUACAAGAAUUGUGGCUACGUGUCGCGGUACCUCACAGAUUUUGAGCCCAUUCAGUGUCUUGGCCGUGGAGGGUUCGGAGUGGUGUUUGAAGCCAGAAACAAAGUCGAUGACUGUAACUACGCAAUCAAGAGAAUCCGCCUUCCUAAUAGGGAGCUUGCUCGGGAGAAAGUGAUGCGGGAGGUGAAAGCCUUAGCCAAACUGGAGCACCCAGGCAUUGUGCGCUAUUUCAACGCAUGGCUGGAAGCACCCCCAGAACUGUGGCAGGAAAAGAUGGAUGAACUCUGGUUAAAGGAUGGAAGCACUGAUUGGCCACUAAGCUCUCCCACCCCGCUGGAUGGUCUGUCAGUCAAAGUCCGGAGCAUUGAUCCAUACUCCAUGAAGGAGCAAGUAGAAGUAAUCACCCCAUCGGAAAGCUACAGCUCCCUUUCUGCUGCAUUUGUUGCUGUGCAAGGAGAAAAUUCUGAGGCAUAUCCUCGCAGGCAGUCCAGAGCAGAGUCUUUGAAUGAGUCUUCAGUUGCCCUGGUGAACCUGCAGGACAGUUGCCUUUCCGACUGUGAUUUAGAUCAUAGCUCAGAUGAGAACUCGGGAAUCUGGUAUGAACAUUGCCCUCGUACGGUGGCAGAUAUAGGGGUUCACGAAAGGACCUCAUCCUCGAUUGUUUUUGAAGACUCUGGUUGUGACAACUCUUCCAACCAUGUAGACAAGGCAGAGGUCUCAGUCCUUCUCACAAAUAGUGAGUUUUCAGAAAGAGAGAGCGGAACCAAAGACACUAAUGAAAGCAAAGCCACCUCCACAAGCACUUUAUCCCAAUCACCUCCCAGGCCCAAAUCCUUAUGUCUGGAUUUAGCUAAAAACACUGCUGAAAGCAUAAAGCCCAGCUCUCCCAAGGUGUACCUCUACAUUCAGAUGCAGCUGUGCCGCAAAGAGAACCUGAAAGACUGGAUGAGUGUGCGUUGCACGCUUGAGGAGCGGCCCCAGGCUGAAAGUUUGCAUGUAUUUUUGCAGAUUGCAGAAGCCGUGCAGUUUUUACACAGCAAAGGGCUUAUGCACAGAGAUCUCAAGCCUUCCAAUAUAUUUUUUACUCUAGAUGAUGUAGUUAAAGUAGGAGAUUUUGGGCUGGUUACUGCAAUGGACCAAGAAGAAGAUGAAGAGACCGUUUUAACACCAAUGCCAGCGUAUGCCCGUCAUACAGGCCAAGUGGGAACAAAACUGUAUAUGAGCCCCGAGCAGUUUUUUGGGCAGAGCUAUUCCCACAAAGUGGAUAUCUUCUCCCUCGGGCUGAUCUUGUUUGAGCUGUUGUACCCAUUUAGCACACAGAUGGAGCGGGUCAGAGUAUUAACAGAAUUACGCGACUUGAAGUUCCCAGAACUAUUUACAGAGCAAUACGCUGCUGAGCAAAACAUGGUCCUGCACAUGCUAUCUCAUAACCCAAUUGAAAGGCCGGAGGCUGAAGAGAUCAUUGACAACCCAUUGUUUGACAGCCUUGAUCUUCACGGGAAACUGGCCCUCAGACAGAGGUCUCGCACAUUAAGUGCCUCCGGCAUGAAGACUUUCAGGCAGUCCAGCAAGUGAAUGGAUUGUGCCAAUUUGCACCGGAUUAUAGCUCCUCCUACUUCAGUGGGCUGACAUUUCACCUGCAAACCAUAUGAAGUACAUGAGGCAGGCUCACACUGUAACUCCAAUAUGAUUGGUUUAGCGUAGUAAGAGCAAUACAAAGUGCUUGG